AUGUUUUCAAUAAAAUCAGCUGUAUCAAGACCAAUACUAAAACCAGGUAUACUAUCUAAACGUACACUACGUUUUACUCCUGAUUUUUCAAAAUAUAAGUUAAUAGAACAACCAGCAGGAUUUAUAGUAGAAACUGUAAAUGAAGCUUAUAAACCUCCAUCACCUUCUGCUUAUGAAGGAUCAAAUCAUUGGACAUAUGAGAGAGUAGUUACAAUUGCUAUGAUUCCUUUAGUGAUGACACCAUUUAUUGCAGGUGUUGAACACCCUAUUGUUGAUGCCACUUUUUCAACUUUAUUAUUAUUUCAUUGUCAUGCUGGAUUUAAAAGUUGUAUAAUUGAUUAUAUACCAAAAAGAGUUUAUAAUGCGUGGUAUGGUUUAGCUUGUAAAUUAUUAACAUUUGGAACUUGUGUUGCUAUAUAUGGUAUCUAUGUAAUGGAAACUACAAGUAACGGAUUAUUCGAUUUAAUAAAGAGAUUAUGGGAAGUAUAG